AUGUUCAGAACUGCAUCCCGAGUCAUAUUUACUCGCCAUCCUUAUGCUAGAAGAUUCUCUCCCACUCUUCUUGGUGUCGCGAAUCUCAGUCAGACUACGACGAAAUCCCUGCUAGAGACCUCCACAAAAAACACAGUUCAACGCAUUGGUAGACAUGUUCUCCGAUUCACACUCUUUGCAUUUGCCUCCAUUGUCAUUGUAUAUGAAGGCGCACAUCUCUACGUGGAGCGUGUACAAAUGGCACCAGAAACUGAUCCUGAGGUUAAGAAAUGGGAAUGGGAUCUCAUCAACAGCGAUUGGACAGGCGACCUUAUCAAAGGAGGUUUCAAAGCGCGUCAUAUCAUUCGUGCCGCCUUUUCAACAUACCACAAUGAUGUACAGGAUUCCACGGUAGUGGUGGAAGAAGAAAACUCUGAGGAACAUGAUCAAUCGCCAGGACUUACUCAUGUUGUCGAUGCUCGGCUAUACGAGACAGAAAGGCAUCUCAAUAAUGCCAUUUCCCUGAUUGAGGGAAACCUGGCCAAUGAUGAUCACUCCUCCCAUGCAUUUUGUAUGCUUCUUAUCCGCCAUGCUGACGUGUUGGAGCAACUGGGACAUCGCAUGCACCUCAUGCUAGCGAAGGAUGACUACCAGCGCGCCUGGCAGCAUUGCAAAACUCCACAAUAUCGAGAGUUUAUAGCAUACAAACUUGGCGAUCUGAACAGCCGACUUGGAAGGUCGACCGAAGCAAUGAAAUGGUGGAACAUCUCCACUCAGCUUAUUCAAGAAAGGAAUCACGAAUCCGUGGGUGUAUCCACUGGCUAUCAAUCGAUUCCACAUUCGCCAUUGGCUCAGCGUAUCCUGGCUUCUAUCCUUGUGUCAAAAUCUGCAUAUUUAGCUGCGUCUGGGAAUAUCGUUGAGGCACAGACCAUAGAAGAGUCUGCCCUCAAUUUCCUCCGCUCCAUCCGCCAUCCUGAUUCAAUAGCUACCACUUCCCCUCCUCAAGCUCUCCAUGCAGCGUAUCUGCUCCAGCGCUCCUCUCUCCUGUUCGUUCACCAAGCAGAAGUUUUUCAUGCCCAACGUCAACCUGUGAAUGUCUCUAUCCAAUGGCUCGCGUCCGCCGCCGAAUCGUCGGAACGCGUCGCAGAUAUCCUCACGGGUGCUAAAUUUGAACCUAAAUCAAAAUCUGACAGAUCCAGCCCUUUAACUCGUCCCAAAACUUCAGUAGAACUUCUUUCCGUAUAUGCAAGCUCGCCUUCCAUGAAUGGCCCAGCUAAAGCAUUGCUGCGAGAUGCGCGUCGCACUGCUGCCGAAGCGUGGAAUAUGAUGGGUAUACUACACGAACAGCGAGAUGGUAGAGGAUCUCGUUCGGCCCUCGAAUGCUUCGAGCGUGCGUUAUCCUGGGCAGGGACUGUUGAAGAUGAUAACAAGAGCUUAGGGCCAGCUAAGGAUACUUUGCAUUCAGAUUGGCAUAUUUAUUGGUCUAACUAUCAACGCGCUAAGAACAUUCAGGCAAGUUCUAAUUGA